UACUUUCUUGUUUUGCCAAAAGUCAGCCAGACCUUUCUUGCUGUUUUCUGCCAUCUUUUUAAAAAUCAUUAAAGUAUAAAGAAUACAUAUUGCCCUUCAGUAUUCCAGCUCACAGUCACUGAAUGAUGAUGUAUGAUAGGUGUUCAACUGUGUGGCUGUCCAUCUCCAGUGUUGCUUCUCUCAAUUUUUCAGGCACUUUUGUGGGUCGAAGCAUACCAGUUGAAGUGGAUGAAUCCAUGCCGUGGUCCCAGUUACCUGAACAUGUCUUGGAAAAGGCUUGGCAGCCUUCUGGAGAGGAUAUGGAGGAUGAGGAGGCCCAGAGCUCACAUGUUGCUCAAACACCUCAGGCUGAUCCAUCUUGCUUUUGCAGAGCACCAGCACACCAUCACUCAGCACUGUCUGUGGAGCCAGACAGCAGCUUGUGGUCAAAAUAUACUGAUCCUGAUGGAGGUGGACACUUCUGUUCCCCUGGUGAAUCAAUUUCAGGAGUAUUUCCCUCGAAGACACAUUCUAUAGCUGUGGACAAACCAGGCAUGCAGCCAAGAUCACAGUUUUCAGCUGACACCAGGCACAAGUCCAGUCAAUCAGAGCAGAUCUUGUCUGAUGUUCCUGAGGACUCACUGGAGGAGAGCAGCCAAGGGAGUUCACAGUCACAGCAACCCUCAGGAAACAGACUCCUGGCAGAGCUGGGAACUGUAGAUACCGGGUACAACUCUCAGUCACAAGAUGUCAUGGGCAUCAGGCAUCUGGAGCCUCCCUUACCACUGGUGUCUGUGCUGAACCCCCAGGACCUCCCAGGACCGCUGAUCUCCAGAGAAUUUUUGGCUCCUGAGCAUCAGCAGUGCCCUAUGUGCCAUCACUUGCCCCAUCCCAACACGCCCUCGCAAGGCCACGGCUGCUUCAGGCUCCGCUGCCCAGCACAGCAGCCCCCCCAGGGCCCAUAUGGCAGAGCUCCUUACCAACAUUUUGCUGAGCCAUCGCAACCACUUCCUCCUGUUCCUGGACCUUGCAUGAGAGUUAUCCGCCCGGCCCAGCAAGUCAUCCCAAAUUACUCAAACCCCCGUGCUCCCAAAGGCACUGGAGAUCGACCACCCCAGAGGACUUGCUCCUCCCCUGGUCCUCCUCGAUUCCCAAACCAGCUAUACAACCAGCUACCUAAUGGUCAGCUGCCCCCCAAGGCAUGUGGACCAGAUGAAGCAUGUGGUUGUCCUUCUGAAAAUUUUCCAUCUCCAGCUGCUGUCCCAAGACCUCUCAGUAACCCUGCAGCCAGGGGAACUCUGAGAACCAGCAAUCUGCCGGAGGAGUUGCGCAAGGUCUUUAUAACCUACUCAGUGGAUACAGCAGUGGAGGUUAUGAAAUUUGUGAACUUCCUGUCUGUAAACGGAUUUCAAACUGCUAUUGAUAUCUUUGAGGACACGGUACGAGGUAUUGACAUCAUUAAGUGGAUGGAGCGCUACCUAGGUGAUAAGACGGUGAUGAUAAUCAUAGCAAUCAGUCCAAAAUACAAACAGGAUGUGGAAGGGGCUGAAUCCCAGCUGGACAGGGAUGAACAUGGCUUACAUACUAAAUACAUCCACAGGAUGAUGCAGAUUGAGUUUAUACAGCAAGGAAGUAUGAACUUCAGAUUCAUCCCUGUGCUUUUCCCAAAUGCCAAGAAGGAACACGUGCCUACCUGGCUGCAGAACACUCACAUUUAUAACUGGCCAAGGAAUAAGAAGAACAUCCUUUUGCGGUUACUGCGGGAGGAGGAAUACGUUGCUCCUCCAAUAGGACCUUUACCAACACUCCAGGUUGUGCCGCUAUGAACAUUGUGACUUAAAGCACACGAAGAGUGGUUGUUAAAGGGUUGUUCCUGGCGGGGAGCCAACACUCUUCCAGAUGGCUCUUUUUGAUGACAGAAGACACUCUUUCUGCUAAACGAAUUGGUUGUCUUGGGUUACUCAGGCUCAGCUUGUUCUCUACCUUGUUAAACAUCUAUUUCCAAAGCUGAUGGAGCAUAACCCUCUUCUCUAGAUUUUUAAAUAAGCUGGAAAUGGAAAGAAU